AUGAUAGGAGGGUGUCUGAUAAGAUGGGCUGAACAUAAAAACCUCUGCAGCAUCACAAAUUGGCAGAGAGUCUACAUGCAUUCAUUCAGACAUGGCAAGUAAAAAGGCCUCCAAUAAAAGGCAGAGGGGGAAUCAGAAGUCCUGCUCCAAUGUAUUUUCAAUGUUCGAGCAGUCGCAGAUACAAGAGUUCAAAGAGGCUUUUGGCUGCAUUGACCAGGACAGGGACGGGGUAAUCAAGAAGCAGGACCUGAAGGAGACCUACGCUCAACUCGGGAAACUUAACAUUAAGGAUGAGGAGCUGGAAGAGAUGCUGAAUGAAGGGAAGGGUCCUAUCAACUUUACUGUGUUUCUGACCCUUUUUGGGGAGAAACUCAACGGGACCGAUCCUGAAGACACCAUACUUGCUGCUUUCAAACCUUUUGACCCCAAUGGGACAGGUUUUGUUAAUAAGGAUGAAUUUAAACGAUUACUGAUGAAUCAGGCUGAUAAGUUCACGGCAGAAGAGGUGGAACAGGCAUUCACUUUGGCACCAAUUGACCCAAUCGGAAACAUCGACUACAAGCAACUCUGCUACAUUAUCACACAUGGAGAUGAAAAGGAAGAAUCGUAACAGGCCAUGUGUGUAGUAAAGUAACAUGGCUACUGCUGAGAAAUAAUUGACACUGGCAAUUAUUGGAGAUAAAGUGGAUUUUUAAAAGAUAUUUAAAGUGGUAUAUCAUGUCAACUGCCCUUCUGUUCUUUUGAAGAAAUGCUGUACUGAAAGACACUAAAAAGAAAGACUCCCUCCACAAAUUAGAUAAAUAAACAAUUAGAAAAAGUAUUAUUUGGCUUGGAAAUGAUGUGACGAUUUGAUUUGCAAAUAAAAUUUCUCAGCGGCUGGAGGAUA